AUGCGCCAUCGGCUAACGAUUGAUGGCCAACGACAACGCGAGAGGAGAGGGGGGCAGCUGUUACCAACGGAACGGCGUGUCAGGAAGGAAAACGACAAAUGCAGACAGUCGGUCGAGGUGGUUUUUAAAGUGUUGUCGCCGCACAUUCCGCUUGCCGACCCGUAUGCCGAAGAAAUCCAAGAUCUGCUGCGACUCACGAAUCUGCGGAUAAACUUUACCAAGUUGCACACGCUCGGUGACAAUAUCCUCGACCGUCGUCCGGAAAUCACCGAGAAGUACUACUACGCAGUUUACAACAUCGUCGUCCGCGGCUCUUGUUCGUGUUACGGUCACGCUAGCCAGUGCAAACCGAUCGAAGGCGACUACGUGACGUUUGUCGAGUCUCAUAGGGCGGAUAUGGUUUACGGUAGAUGCGAGUGCACUCAUCACACGAAGGGCUUGAAUUGCGAACAAUGCCAAGACUUUUAUAACGACCUGCCUUGGCAGCCAGCGAUUGACCGCGAAAGAAAUGCGUGCAAAAUGUGCAACUGCAAUCUGCAUGCGACAAAGUGCCAUUUCGACCGCGCUGUUUACGAGGCAUCUGGCUACGUGAGUGGUGGCGUCUGUGACGAUUGCGAGCACAACACGAUGGGCAAGAACUGCGAGAUGUGCAAACCAUUCUUCUACCGUGAUCCUCAUCGCGACAUCUCUGACCCAUAUGUCUGCCUGCGUAAGGCCACCGGCAUUUGCGACGGCGAAACCGUGCCCGAACGAAACUUGGUAUCCGGACGUUGUAGCUGCAAGGCGCAUGUGAUUGGUGAGAAUUGCGGUCAGUGCGAAAACGGUUACUGGAACCUGAAGCAGGACAAUCCGGAAGGCUGUCAGCAAUGUACUUGUCAUCUGUUGGGUACCGUUGGCAACGAGGGAUGCAACAAGCAGACCGGCGAGUGCACGUGCAAACGACUGGUGACCGGGGAGAACUGCAACCGCUGUUUGGUGAGCGACUUAAUACCGUGCCAUUUUAGCGCCUCUCUUGCUUACUCUUCGUGUUUUCUUUUCGAAACGCAGGAUGAACACUGGGGCCUGGACGACAGCGUUGACGGAUGCAAAGCGUGCGACUGCGACCUGGGCGGUGCCUAUGACAACAACUGCGACGUGUUGAACGGUCAGUGCAGAUGCAGGCGGCAUUUCACCGGCAGGCGCUGCGACCAGCCCGAGUCCGGCUACUUCUGUGCAAACCUCGACUUUUACACGUACGAGGCGGAAAACGCAAAAAUAGAAGGGCCUGCUGAAACGGAACUGCGAGAGCCGUACAGCGACGGGCGUCAACAUUGGACCGGUUCAGGCAUGGUCCGUGUUCGUGAAAAGUCGACUCUGGACUUCGUUGUGGACAACAUUAACGUGGCGAUGAAUUUUCACGUGGUACUGCGCUUCGAGUCGCAUUUAGCCGCCGCAUGGCAAAACGUCAAGAUCAACAUCAUUCGUCCGGACUCACCCAGCGCCUCCGGGCCGUGUCACAACACAAUUCCUAAAGAUGAUCUCCUGCAGGUCAUGCUGCUGCCAGGCGAACGUUACUUUGAAUCGGUCGAGGAGGUGUGUCUUGAACCGGACGUACAGUACCAUGUGCAGGUAGUUUUCGAUGAAUAUCAACGAGGAUUUCCGGAUCGGAGCGUUUCUUUGCUGAUCGAUUCGCUGGUCCUGAUGCCCGUCGUAUCGAAGUUGCCGCUGUUCGCCGGCAAGGACGAUUGGUCACAUUACAAACUGCGGGAGUUCGAGCACUACCAGUGCGAGCGAUCUGUGCUGCAGCUGACGCCGUUAGAGGAGGUACCAGAGCCGUGUCGCAGGUACCUCUGUCCGGUAGCGGCGUCGAUCAUCGACCGCGGAGUGGAGUGCAACUGUGACCCUACCGGCUCACUGAGCGGCAUCUGCAACGUACUUGGCGGUCAGUGUCAGUGCAAGCAGAACGUCGUUGGUCACCAGUGCGAUCGGUGCUCCCCGGGUACCUACGGAUUUGGACCACAGGGUUGUACAGCCUGCGACUGCAACAACGUUGGCUCGCUGCACAACUUCUGUCACCUGAACACCGGACAGUGCGUAUGUCGCGACGGUGUCUACGGUCGGCAGUGCGAUCAGUGUCAACCGGGCUACUGGGGCUUCCCGAACUGUCGUCCGUGUAUCUGCAACGGUCACGCGGACAUAUGCGAGCAGAGUACUGGCGUCUGCAUCGACUGCCGCGAUCUGAGCACGGGCGACCAGUGCGACCGAUGUCAGAACGGCUACUACGGCGACCCGCGCCUCGGCUCGAAUCUGCCCUGUCGUCCGUGUUCUUGCCCUGGCGGACCCGGCUCCGGAUUUCAGCACGCCGACACCUGCUACUUGGAUCCCUCCACGCAAAACGUAUUCUGUAAUUGCCGCCAUGGAUACGAAGGAGAGCGGUGCGACCGUUGUGCGAUGAACUACUGGGGCAAUCCGACAGAAGUUGGCGGUACCUGCGCCCAGUGCGACUGCAGUGGCAACAUCGAUUUUACUGAGCCCGCUUCGUGCGACCAGAAAACUGGCAAGUGUCUAAAGUGCCUUUACAACACCGAGGGUUUCUCCUGCGAGAACUGUCUGCCCGGCUUCUUCGGCGAGGCGAAGACUCAAUCGUGCAAAAUGUGCGUAUGCAACGUACUCGGAACAAACAUCAGCGUCGGACCUUGCGACCGUUUCACCGGUCAGUGCCCAUGUCUGCCGAACGUCACCGGACUCGAAUGCGACACGUGCAUUCCGAACCAUUGGAAAAUAGCCAGCGGCACCGGCUGUUUCGACUGUGAGUGCGACCCGCAGGGCGUCGUGUCGCUGGCCAACGGCGUUCCAUUCCUGCAGUGUAACGAGUUUGACGGACAGUGCAGGUGUAAAGAAGGCCGUGGGGGACGUACCUGUGGCGAAUGUGAGAACUACUACUGGGGUGACCCACGGGUCGAGUGCAGAAAAUGCGAAUGCAACCCAAUCGGCUCGGCUACCCUUCAAUGUCAUCGAAACAACGGCACCUGCAUCUGCAUGCCCGGCUCCGGUGGAAUACACUGCGACCGUUGCGAUCGGGGACACACCGGCACGUGGCCGUACUGCGAGCCAUGCGGCGAGUGCUUCCAGAACUGGGACCAGAUAUUGUUUAAGCUUAAAGAGGAAACACAAUGCCUGAUUGAUGACGCAAGCAAGGUUGAAGACACGGGAGUUUCUUCGGUGUACGAUGGCGAUUUUAAGCUGUUAGAGAAGCAGCUUAGCGACAUGAGGGCGUCGAUUGGCCGUGCGAAUCUGUCGCAGGCAGACAUUGGCAGUUUACAGCAGAACGCGACGAGAUUUGAGUCACGACUGGAGAUGGUGCGGUCGAAGCUGAACACGAUCGACCACGGCAUAUCAGAGAUCGACGCGAAUAUUGACAGCUCCGAGGAACACCUGAACAGUCUCAUAAAACAAACGGCCGAGUUGAAGUCGUCGAUCAGCGAACUGGAGCAGAACGCGACGCGACUUCGCGAGGCGGACGCCGAGGGUGCUUAUAACGUCACCAAGGAAGCGGCCGAGGUGUCCCUACAGGCGCAGCAGAAGGCUGAGGCGACCGAGCAGUUGAUCGCUCAGGCGGAAGCCGCUAGCCAGCAGACCACGAAGCUGUUGAACGCCAAUGCCCAGGAUUUCGACGAACAGUUCAGACAGAACCAGGCGGUGCUGGACGAACUGGAAGAAAAGGCACGUAGCCUGGAGACGAAAAUCCCGGAUCUGAACAUGAUGGUGUGUGGCGCCAAAGGUGAUCCGUGCGAUGACCUCUGCGGUGGUGCCGGAUGCGGCAAGUGCGGCGGCCCGUCCUGCCAAGAAGGAGCUGUUACCAAGUCUGAUCAAGCGCUAACAUUUUCCAACGAGGCCAGCGAGAAGUUGAAGGCUAAACAGCAGAAAGCUCACGAAAUGAUAGAGAAACUAAGCGAGGCACAGUCACACAGCGAGGUUGCAUUGUUGGACGCUCGACAGGCAUACGAGACGGCAGUGCGCGUAGCCCAGGGGGCUAACGAGAGCCGGUCGGCUUUGACCGCGUUGUUGGAGCGCACCGAGAGGUUCAAACAAGCGAAGGGUGCCAGCCCCGACGAGAUUCGCGCCUUAGCGCAAGAGGUGCUCGACACCACCAUAUCGCUCAACCCCGAGCAAAUCCAGGAGUUGGCCCGCAACAUCAGCGAGACCCUUUCAAAGUUGACGAACAUCAACGCGAUCCUGGCUGAAACGCACAGCAACCUGGCGCACGCCCAGAAACUGAAAGAUCGUGCUGACCAGGCAAAGUACGAUCAGCCGUCCCGUUCAUUUGUCGUUUUACUUUAG